AAAACCAACUCCCAUUUCCUUCAUUCACUCCGUUCAAUCUGAUCAAGAAAUUAACACAACCCACCUUCACCCUCCAUGAAGCGUUCGAUUCCCGAUUCUCCGGUUGUCGGAACCCACACUAAAGUGAAGAAAAUCAAGGAUGAAGUGGGAGAAGAUGGCGAUGAAGAAACUGGGUUUGUGAAUUUAGACGAGAAUCUGUUGUUCGAGGUGUUGAAGCAUGUGGAUGCGAGGUCGCUGGGCAUGGCUGCCUGCGUGAGCAAGUUGUGGCACAAGACGGCGCAGGACGAGCGGCUCUGGGAGCUGAUCUGCGCUAGGCACUGGGCCGAUAUCGGCUACGGCACUCAGCAGCUUAGAUCUGUGGUCCUCCCUCUCGGUGGCUUCCGUCGGCUGCACUCCCUCUAUGUCUGGCCCCUUUCUAAGCCGCAAACAGGUUCAGCCUCGUCUUCGAAGUGGGGCUCCGUCUCCCGGAUUAUUAAAUCGAAACAGGCGGCUCAGUUGGGGAAGGACGAGGUUCAACUCUGUUUGUCACUCCUCUCAACUCAGUAUUUUGAGAAGAUGAAUUCCACUAACAGAAUGGGAAAAUUAUAAUUUGCAUCAUAUAAAUCGCUUACUAAACUACUUGUAUUUCUUGGUUCUUGUAUUUGUUUCCCUUAAAUUUGUGUUGAAUUUUUCUGGUUGUUCUUUCUUUAUUAUUCUGCUCUAUUUUUGUAUUUCUAAAAAGCUGUGACUCUGUACAAUUUUUCUAAAUGAUCAUGAAUGCCUGAUUAAGAUUAUUAAAUGAUGUUAAAUCUCGACACACCUAAUGCGUUAAGAUUUUUGCUUGAAAUUGGUACCACUAACCUUUAGACCUUGCAUUCUUUAUACGUAAUGUAUGGACUGAUCGAAAAUGGGGCAGUGCAGGCUGUCUUGGUUCCUAUUUUAUUCAAGAGUAUACUGAAUUUUGUAUUGGUGGAAAAUCGAUUUCCAUUUUUCUUUCUUGAAAUCAUUUGGAAGCCACCAUACAUUCUAACCAAAACCCAACUACCAAACUGAAAAAAAAAAAAAAAAACCAUUGUUAACUUCUUUUGUUUGGCUUUGUAAUAGAACUCCAGCAUUCCA